AUGAUAAACUUCAGGAAAAUAACACGAUGUACUAGUCGAUCACACUUGGCAUUGGGCGUGAUUGUUAUCCUACUUUUCCUAAGUUUCAUUAGUUUCAAUUCAUAUACAAGAGAGUUAAGACAACGUGUCACAAGUAUCACUGAUUCCAAUUCGGAACCAUUGACGGUGGAUCCACAAAAAGUCGAAAUAUCGGAUACAAAAGAACAAGAAACAAAAGAAAAUAAGUAUUCAUUUUAUCAAUAUGCAACUGAGCAACAUCUUCGUUCACUUCUUCGUAAACAAGCAAAUUCACGUGGUCAAGUUAUUAUAACUAUCAUCGGUGGUGAUAGUUAUUCAUUAUUUGCUUGGGAUUGGUAUGAAAGAAUGCUCGAAGUAUCAAAUGAUACGAACAAUUGUCACUGUUUUGUUGUUGCUAUGGAUGAGAUUGCCGUGAUAUUCGCCGUUCAAAGAGAUAUACCUGUAUAUUUUUCGACAUUUUCACUAAAACAUCAAAUGAAAUGGAAAAAUACAAUUGAAACUCGACAACAUUCACUUUAUCGAGUUGGUCACGCAAAGUUCGAUACAUCGGCUCGCAUUGUACGAUUGGGAUAUUCGGUAAUACUUAGUGAAUUGGAUGUUUUCUGGAAACACAAUCUGCUUGAUUAUUUAAAACCACCGAUUGAUACGUAUGAUCUUCAAAUCAGCCAUCAUUAUGGUGCUCAUCCGCGUGUCAACAUUGGCUUGUUUUAUGUCCGAUGUUCAAAUACAUCUGUUGCAUUUUUUUCCUAUGUGGCAGAAUUCUGGAUACGUUAUGGAAAAGGUGGUUAUUUGUCGGAUCAGCGUGUACUCGAUGCUUUACUUAACAAUUACGAUCGAUUAGAUAAAACUUAUUUGAGAGCAAUGAAGCCAAAGUCACCAUUGACGUUGAAUUGGACAACACAUGAUUUCGGAAAUCACUUUUCGCAUUUUAUGACUGAUGGAAGUGCUUUUGUAUUGUUUAAUCAAGCAGCUAAAAUUGGAAGACGGUCGAAACUAUUUCAUGGCGAAGUCAAACCAAAAUUUUUCACUGUCACAGUUGCUCACGGAAAUAUGUCAGUCAGUCGACGAAAUCUUCUCAUUCGUGCUUUACUAAUUCUUCAAAACACGCAACUGGAAAAUCGCACGUUGAUUCUGCCUGCAUUUUCAUCUAAUUUGACUGUUACUCCGAUUACUUAUCAACUGGAUAUCAAGAAAUUCUUUAUCUACUGGUCGGAAGAACGCAUUCGUCUACCAGAGUUCAUCGAUCUAGACAAGAGUCGUUCAAUCAAAUCAACUAGUGUAAAAUACGAACCCAAAAAGACAUACAACGAUAUCGAUGGUAUCAUAAAUUUCGAAGUCGAUUCUAUUCCUCUGGAUUUACCAGCACCAGAUCCACAAUUUGAAGUGCACGUUCGAGAUUCUCUUCUAUGGUGUUCACCACCGACAGUUGGUGGUGUUUGGUGUUUUCAUCAUCCGAGAGAUUAUGGUGCAACAAUGGAGAUAUUAUUCGCUUGUCGAGGUGAUCCUUACCCGCCGUGUGCAAACAAAACGGAAAAGAAUGAACAGUUCCUGGAAAGACCCUAUGAAAAGUUAUAG